AUGAGUGGUCACGAUGAUCGAGCAUUGUCAAUAUCAAAGCACGAGAUUGAAUUAGCCAACCAACGCCCAAAAUUCGAGGCUUGGCUUGUCGAAAACGCCUCUCAAGCUGGUCAACCUGAAUAUGAAGAAUACGUGAAUCGAUUUCGACAAUGGGAAGCCGGUUUAAUACAACAGUUAGCUGAACUUCGAAAUUCAAUUUCAAGGCAACCGAUUAUCGACACGCCAACAUUGCCACAACAAAGUUUAGAUGAACAAAUAGCUGAUCUUGUGAAAGACAUCAAGAUGAAGGACUUUAUAGCUGGAUUGAUGGCUUUGACACGAAAUGACAGUACAUUUGUGGCCAAACUCACUAAAGUAAGUUUUUUUGUUUAGUUUUAAAAAUUUAGACAAUAAAAUGAAGUUUUGGGUAACAAAGGGAUGUUAUUUUACGAAGAAAAAUAUUUAUCAUCAAUUUUUAAUGUCUUUUAGCGGUGAUGAGCACAUAUAUUGUAUUUCUUAAGUUUAUUUGAUUGGUUUUAGAAGGAAAAUGUGGUUUAUGUACUAAGAACUGACUUAUGUUACAUUGUUUCGUACUCAAAAAUAUGUUUUUCUUUAUAACUUUUUAUGUCAAAAAUGUUAGAAGUUUGCAACAUGAAGUGGUUAUUGACUGUUGUUUUUGCUAACACUGGUUUAAAACGUCUUUUUGAAAUUUAAAGGUUACUAAGAAGUUACAGUGAUUUUACUGUGUCUUAGUUCCAAUCUUUCUUUUUCUAAUUUUAGUGAAAUAAAAGUCACCGUAUUUUAGAUAGUUCAACGCGAAACUCAACCAAACUACUACUCAGCACCGCCUCCAGUCAUUCCCACGCCUGUGAUACCGGCUGUUACAGCUGCACCGUAUGGCGGUAUACAAAUCCCAUCAUAUCCACCUCCAACCGUUUCUCAUGUUCCUACUACUUUUCUCAACAUUAACAAGCAAUCUAUUCGACCGGUCGGACCUUCAGCUCACGUCCCUCAGCCAGCUUACUCUCAGUCGUCUGGCCUGCCGGAAGGGUGGGUAAUAGACGAGCCAGUACGACGACAGAAAAGAUCACCAAUACCUGAAAGAAAACACCUUCCAAAGCUACCGUUCCAGGAUUUCAGUCAGACUUGA